GCGAGCUCAGACCUCGUCAGCUGUCGCCCAGUGAGCUUGUUGCUGCUGCGCCGCCCUUCGAUCCUCUCCCGCCAUGGCCUGCAGACCUAGAAGCCCACCCCGGUAUGGGAGCCGCCACGACGCCGGUGAAAGCCCGCGGUCCCCUGCGAGAUGGAGUCUCGGACGGAAGCGCAGAGCCGACGGAAGGGACCGGAAGCCCGAGGACUCUGAGGAAAGCGAGCGCCAGAUUGCGGACCGUCGGCCUGAAAGCUUUACGACUCCUGAAGGCCCUAAGCCCCGUUCUAGAUGUUCUGACUGGGCAAGUGCAGUUGAAGAAGAUGAAAUGAGGACCAGAGUUAACAAAGAGAUUGCAAGAUACAAGAGAAAACUACUCAUAAAUGACUUUGGAAGAGAGAGGAAAUCAUCAUCAGGAAGUUCUGAUUCAAAGGAGUCUAUGUCUUCAGUGCCAGCUGAUGUGGAAACAGAUGAAAGUGUUUUGAUGAGAAGACAGAAGCAGAUCAACUAUGGGAAGAACACUAUUGCCUAUGAUCGAUACAUUAAAGAGGUCCCCAGACAUCUUCGACAACCUGGAAUCCAUCCCAGGACUCCCAACAAAUUUAAGAAGUAUAGUCGGCGGUCAUGGGAUCAACAGAUCAAACUGUGGAAGGUGGCUCUGCAUUUUUGGGAUCCUCCUGCUGAAGAAGGAUGUGAUUUGCAAGAAAUACAACCUGUAGACCUUGGGGAAAUGGAGACAGAAUUUACAGAAAGCAGCUCUGAGUCCCAGACGAGUUCACAGGACAACUUUGAUAUGUAUGCUGGCACACCCACCAAAGUCAGACAUGUAGACUGCCAAGUGGAGGAUGAAUUCGAUUUGGAUGCAUGUUUAACUGAACCCUUGAAAGACUUCUCUGCCAUGAGUUAACUGCCACCUGGUGGCAACUCUUGGAAAUAUUUGGCUCUGCCUGGUCAUCUGGAAGGCUGGCUAAGCAUGAGCUACUGUGCAUUUGUAUUUGUUUUCUCCUUUAAGAGUUUAUUUUCUCAUGAUAAAUUGGG